AUUUUGAUCCUUUAUAAAACAAAUCUCCAAGAAAUGUAACCAACAAGAGUCAUGAUGCGGCUAUGCUGUUAUCACGGUAGACACGGAAGGCUAUCCGUACCCAUUAGUCAGUGACUCAAUCACUGCAAAAAGUGCCCCUCACCCCACCUCCUCCCCCUCGUCGACUCGUUUUCUCCUCACCAGGAAAACUCCACUCUCCGGCCACGCCCGUUCGAGCAAACUCCUGUCUUUUUAAAUCCUUUGCUUCGCGCUCCUCGUCAUCGGAUUUGCUUGAUAUUGAUCUAUCUCUUUCAUCUCUCAUCGCAUCCGUCCAUUCUCCUUCCGUGGACUACCCCUCUUCAGUCAACCUUACCCAGCUGUCUUGAACACCAUCAUGGCUAGCACCGUGGGACAGACCAUCACCUGCAAAGCCGCUGUCGCUUGGGGUGCCGGUGAGCCCCUCUCCAUUGAGGACAUCGAGGUCGCACCUCCCAAGGCCAACGAGGUCCGUAUUCAAGUACACCACACUGGUGUCUGCCACACAGAUGCCUACACCCUCUCUGGAAAGGACCCGGAGGGUGCUUUCCCCGUCGUCCUCGGUCACGAGGGUGCUGGUAUUGUCGAGUCUGUUGGCGAGGGUGUCACAUCCGUGAAGCCUGGCGACUAUGUCGUCGCUCUUUACACCCCUGAGUGCCGCGAGUGCAAGUUCUGCAAGUCGGGCAAGACCAACCUUUGCGGCAAGAUCCGUGCCACCCAGGGUAAGGGUGUGUUGCCUGACGGCACCUCUCGUUUCAAGGCCCGCGGCAAGGACCUCUUGCACUUCAUGGGUACCUCCACCUUCUCCCAGUACACCGUUGUCGCCGAUAUCUCCGUCGUUGCUGUCACCCCUAAGAUCUCCACCGACCGAUCUUGCUUGCUCGGCUGUGGUAUCACCACUGGUUACGGUGCCGCCACCGUGACCGCCAAGGUUGAGGAGGGCUCUAACAUUGCUGUCUUCGGUGCUGGCUGUGUUGGUCUGUCCGUCAUCCAGGGUGCUGUCCGCAACAGGGCCGGUAAGAUCAUCGUCGUUGAUGUCAACGAUGGCAAGGAAUCGUGGGCUCGCAAGUUCGGUGCCACCGACUUUGUCAACCCCACCAAGCUCAGCGGCAAGACCAUCCAAGAACAGCUUAUCGAGAUGACCGACGGUGGUUGCGACUACACCUUUGACUGCACUGGUAACGUUGGUGUCAUGCGUGCUGCUCUAGAGGCCUGCCACAAGGGCUGGGGUGAGAGCAUCAUCAUUGGUGUCGCUGCUGCUGGCCAGGAGAUCUCGACCCGACCAUUCCAGCUCGUCACCGGCCGUGUAUGGAAGGGAUGUGCCUUCGGUGGUAUCAAGGGACGCACCCAGCUGCCCACUCUGGUGGAUGACUACCUGAACGGCGAACUCAAGGUCGACGAGUUCAUCACCCACCGCGAGCCCUUGUCCAACAUCAACACUGCCUUUGAGCAGAUGAAGCAGGGCGACUGCGUCCGCUGCGUUGUUGACAUGUCGUAGGUGCAGGAUUAGCGGGAAAAAGUGUUUUUCGAGUAGUCUCUAAACGUUGAUGUUUAUGCCGGCAUGAUUGAAGAUCUUCUGGUGGAAUGUAUUUAAAUAGUCACUUUGGUGUCAUGCCGAAUUUAUGGAAUGAUAAUUGAUAUCAACACAAACUGAAGGAAGUCGGAACUGUAAACGAGUAGUCAAUUGAAUCAUCAAGAUAAUGAAUCGUCUGGAGAAAGUCGAGGGGUAUAGCUCCUACUUAUGUAUAUC